AGUGUUGGCGUCGGCUCCGACGCGGAGGGACGUCCGACGGAGCCGGGAACGGUACUGGAGCGCGCCUGAAAUCUAGUCUUCCCGAUGGAGUCGAGACGAUUGAGGAUUCGGCUGCUGAACUGGUUUUAAGUGAUAUACUGACUGUGGAUAUUGCGGAGGCGUGAGUAAUAGAGCUCAGUGAACAGCCACGUGGGGUUUGUCACGGCUUUGUCACGACAGCAAGACCGUGUCACGACUGCUAGAGUCGUGAACUGAAUGACAGUGUGGUAGAGACUGGUCAGCCAUGUCAUUUAGUUUUCAUACUAUAGCGGAGUGACUGAAAAAAGUGUCGCGGUUAGCUCUGAAGCUAGCUGUGAGCGGAAUCUAAGAAGAAGUUGACAACACUCAGCUGCACAAGAUUCGAGGAGUCUGAAUUGAAAGAAAUCCGUCACCAGGACUUCUCCGGAUUCCACGACCACUGAUAGAGAUGAACCCGAGUGCCGGGCCGGACCAGCGCGGACGCCGCUCGUCGACAGCGGUGUGAGUGAGGUGCAAUCUGGAUCUCUGGGGCAGCUGCAGAGAUGACACCACUACUGCUGACCUGCGCUGCCCUGCUGAACACGGUGGCUGACACACAGGCGGUGCCGGAAAGGACCUACCGACCUGACUUCGGUCAGCUGCGCGACCUCCAGUCGUCACAGGCCACCACAGAGGCCGGAAGGCGUCCCGCGCAGUGCUACUGGCGCCUGGACGCGGCGAGUGUCUGGGAGUGCCGGUUGGGUGCUGGCGGAGUGGAGAGUGCACUGGUGUUACCCGAUUACCGUUCGACCGAACUGCGAGUGCUCUGCGAGGACGAUGCUCCCGGAGUGAUCAGUGCGAGCAUGUUCCAGCAUGUGCUCAACAUUAUACGAUUGGAAAUCAGGGACUGUGCGGUGACGAAAGUAGAGAACCGUGCUCUGUGGCAGUUUACUUAUUUGAGAAAUUUGUCACUUAGCUCGUCAUUUUCGUCGGAGGUUAUCAUCUCAAACCAUACGUUUCGGAAUCUUACCAAACUUGAGAGUGUUGAUCUAAGUGGCAAUCAUAUAGAGUACCUGCCGCCGAAAGCCUUUUGUCCGUUACAUCGUCUGAUUCAUUUGAAUUUAUCUGAUAACGCGCUGAUGGACACUGAAGUUGGGUUCGGAACCGGUGAUAAUGAAAACUGCCGCCACGCGUUGCGAGAGCUGGACAUGUCGUCCAACGCUCUCCGGUCGGUACGCGCCAGGGGAUUCGCCCAGCUCACUUCUCUACAACAACUGAUACUCGCUGGAAAUCGUAUCGAGCAGCUGGCGGAGGAGAGUUUUUAUGGCGUAGGAGAACUCCGUCUACUUGACCUACGAGCUAAUCAUCUGGUGACGCUACCGGAUGGCGUGCUGACACCCGUGCAGCAACUGACCAGCAUACAGCUCCAGCAGAACCGUCUGGCCGUCCUGCCACCGCGGGUGUUUGCUGGCCUCGAGAAGCUCCUGCUGUUGAACCUGUCGCACAAUCAACUGACAUCACCAGGUGAUUUCUCCGGCCUACCCCGUCUGCUUCAGCUCGACCUGAGCAACAACCGUCUCACCGACCUACUGCCGGGAUUUCGGCAGCUCAACAGCCUUGAUACAUUAAACCUUUCGCAUAACCAGCUAACCCACAUACCCGUCAACGCUCUAGUCAGCUUGUCAAAUCUCUUUGAACUAGAUCUCUCGCAUAAUCAGCUAGUGACGCUGGCAGGUGGUUCACUUAUACUUCUGCGCGGGUUGACGGUGUUGAGGCUGGAUCAUAAUCAGCUGGUCACGCUUCAGCCAGAAUCACUGUCGAACUGUAGCGGAAUACAGCGUCUGUCCUUAUCACACAACAAGCUAGCAGAUGUGCCGGUUGCGCUUCGGUCUUUGUCAUUGCUGCAUGAGCUCGACUUAUCUCACAACUGGCUGUUAUUCAUCGAUGACAAUGCCUUCCACAACUUGAGCAGUCUGGUCAGCCUAGACCUGUCGCACAACAUGUUGACAAGCCUGUCACAACGGUCCCUUGCACCUCUGACAAGUAUGACGCGUCUGGAUCUUUCAUACAACCAAGUGAGGUCAUUGGAAGGCGUUUUACGAGAAAACCGGCGGCUAAGCGAACUGAAUGUUGCGGGAAACAAGCUCAACAACUUGGAAGGAAUCACUAACUGGCAGCCCAGUUUUUACCACCUGCCUAGUCUGUUUAGCCUAAAUGCGUCGGCAAACACUCUCACCAUGUUUGAUUACAGGGUGAUUCCAACUCAGUUGCGCCAGCUUGACAUAAGCAACAACAGAUUGCUGAGUCUGGACGGAAAGCACAAGCACCCGACGAUCGAACUGCGUGAAAUCGAUGCGUCCGGGAACCAAAUCUCCCGAGUCACUCGCGAUCUGUUGCCUGAUUCAAUUGAGGUGGCACGCCUGGCCAACAACAGCAUAACGGAUGUCGAACCCUACAGCUUCGACGGCAAAAAGGACCUGCAAAUGGUAGACCUGUCUUUCAACAAGCUGGAGCAUCUAAAGAAGGUGACUGUGUCCGUUGAGAGAGUCGAGCUUCGGCUGGCUGGCAAUCCUUUGGCAUGUGACUGCCACAACGAGUGGCUGUCGGAACCUGCCACCAAGCUAGCGUUGACUGACCUUGAUCGGGUCAUGUGCACGCUCGAGCACAGAGGUCAAACGGUGAAGCGACCACUGUCAGAGGCGCAUUUCCUCUGUCCAUAUAAGCGUCAUUGUUUCAAAGUUUGUCAAUGCUGUGAUUAUGACGCUUGCGACUGCGAACAGACUUGCCCGAAAAGCUGCACUUGUCUUCGUAACAAUAUAUGGACGGUAAAUGUCAUCAUGUGCGCCAAUCAAGGUUUGACAGUGAUACCCAGCAGGAUCCCCAUGGACGCCACAGAUAUUAUGCUGGAUGGGAACGAUCUGAAUAUGCUGUACGACCUCAGCUUUCUAGGUCGAAAGAGUUUGAAUGCUCUGUUUCUAAACAACAGUAACGUGAUGUCGGUUACCAACCGAACCUUUCAAGGUCUCACGUCUCUUCGGUACCUACACCUCGAAGACAAUCAGCUCACAAGACUGGAAGGCGAAGAGAUGCUAAAUCUAACUGGUCUACGUGAAUUAUACUUGCAAAACAACCACCUCGAGUACAUCAACACAGCUCUUUUCAAGCCUCUGGAACGGCUUGAAGUGCUAGACCUCAGUGGGAAUCGGCUCACUCAGCUGUCCAUCUGGACGAUUUCCCAGCCGUACCUGGCCCGGGUCUCCCUUGCCGGUAACAGCUGGGUCUGCGAGUGCAGCUUCCGGUUCCGAUUCCGGCGGUGGCUGCUGCAGAACCGUGACAAGGUGGCUGACGCCGAGUCGGUGGCCUGCUCCAGUGGUGAUGUUAUCGUUGUGGAGAGUGAGUGCCGUGGCAUGCUGACGGCAGCUAAUUCCAACAUGUGGGUAUACGUGGCGGCGGCGGCCGUAUGCCUGGCUGCUACCGCCGCGCUCCUUGCCAUCGUCGCCUACCGGCGACUGGGAAGGCGAAGCGCCUCCGCACACAAGAUGAUUCCUCCUCUGGCCUACGACGCGUUCGUCUCGUGUGACGCCAAGGACACAGCGCUGGCGUCCCAGCUGGCCGCGGACCUGCCGUACCUGAGACUCUGCUUGCUGCACCAGGACGUCCCCGCCACGCCAGAUGCCAUCGUCGAGGCGGUGAACGCCAGCCACGCCACCGUGUUGCUGUUAACCGAGGCGUUCAUCGGACGUGCUUGGUGUCGCUUCGACUUCAAGCACGCGCAUCUGGCAGCGCUGGGCUCGGCGCGACGCUCCCUGGUGCUCGUGGACGUGGCCGAUGUGGUGGGAGCCCCGGAGCUCGACCCCGACCUGGUGAUGCUGUCCAAGUCGUGUCCCGUUCUGAGCUGGCGGGAUAAGCAGCUCGGCCAGCGACUGAUGCGGCUACUGCGCCCUCCGGCGGGCACCUGGGGAGCCCCUUCCAUGCCGGACGACUGUUCCGAUGGUCCCGUGUAUGCCUCUAUUGACGAUGACCUGGCGAGGUCACCGUCCACUGCGUUGUCAGAAAAGGCCUUCCUGGCCGGGCCAGCGCGUAUGAACAUUACUCUGAACCCCUCGGACCGUGAAACUGAGGGGUUUUCUGUGUCUAACGCUCGUGCACACGGGGGUCAGGUGCUGCUGACCCCCAACAGGGGCACGCAAAUACAUUUGACGCCGGCUCGGGGGAGAAAGUCCCCACUAGCGACAUCUCCGGGCGGGAAAGUGCAACUAACGCCGUCGUACUUUGUCUAAGUGUUUGCCAACUGCUUUUAUGAGUUAUCGUCUUUAGUAUAUUUUUAUAAUGUGCGGAAACUUUGAGGGGUGGUGUCGCGAGUGGACUGUUCUAACUGACAAAUAACGUGUCAUGGCGCCUCUGCUGCGGUUAUAUGCGAUGAAUAGUGUUGCUAUGUGGCUUGUCAAAGGGUUGGGGCAGGGAGGGUGCCAAGACAGUUGGAGCGGGCGCCCCGACAAUCGAUUGGCAACGCAAUAAAGCAGCCUAAACACCG